GGCCCCAGAAACUUAGCAUUAAUAAACCUCCUUCGCAAAUUUCAAUUGAUUAAAAGCGAGGUACAAAAUCGUGAACUCAUCACACUACGCCUGUUUUUCUGAAUAGGUUAAGCAAUUUUCUUUAUUUUUGCUCUUUCCUCGCUUCUUCAACAACAUAUUCGAGACUUCUCAAACAUCCUUACAAUCGUGACUCUCAACUCUAGAGAAACUAAAAAAAAAAAAAUGUCCCCCCACAACAAACACUCUCUCCACGUACAGCACAAGAAGCAUGGCGACCAUGACCACAUCAUGAAACGCAUGGAUGCAUACAUCAAAGAAUACAAGAAGGGAGACACCGAAGCCAUCAUGAAAUUCUACCAUCCGACCAACUUUGUCUACUCAGAUUUCAGCACACCCAACAAUCAACUCAUGGGUCUCUCGGAAGUUGCGUCGCACUAUUCCCAGACCUUUUCCAACUUCUACGACCUCACAAUCACCACUGCCUCUGUACACGGUCACAAAGAUUUCACAGCCUGGGAGUGGGAAAUUACAUGCAGACCAGCAAUAUCUCCCGAGACAGGCGAGCGACUGCCGAAAGAAAAGACAGAGAUGAAGAAAUUGGUGGGUUGUACGUUGAUGUGGUGGGAGGACGAGAAGAUUGUUAGAAACCAUGAUUAUGUGCAGGUAAAGGAUGUUUAGGGGAGAUAGAUAAGGGUCGAAUUGAAGUAUUUUUGAAGACGGAUUGUGGUGUGCGUAGCGGGAGAUGUCACGUAUGUAGUUAUGUUUUGUGUUCAGUGUUUGACGCGCUUGCCAUGGAGAAGUGCCGGAUGCGGGAAAGUUAGCUUGGGAUUGGUACUCGGA